UGUACAUGAUGUAUCAUAGCUGCUUAUAUAAACGUGCAUUAGCGGCCUGAAUCCCGAGCCACAAACGCGAUUUGGCCUUGUUAGCCACAAAGUCGGCGCGUGUCAAAAGUUAGGUAUGAAUCCACUGUUUACCUGUAUUAUUGGAAAAACAUCCACACUCAUGAGCUAUAAAAUCCCAAUUUCAGCCCACAUACCGCCAACAACCCUUCCACCGAUCCUCGCAGCAAACUGAACUUCGUGCAGUACUUAACAUAUCCCCGGUACCAAUGGAGUUUUAACAGACUGCAAGAUCGUACAGGAUUAACUCUGUCCGCUCCUUUUGAUACACUCAGGCAACGUUUGUUCUGGUUAUCCUCGUCGAGAUUCUCUCCCACUAUUGCCCCUCGUUUUCUGUCGUUACCCCCCAACCCACACCACUAUUUAAACGCUCGAGUAAAUAGCAACCGAGUCCAACUUCUUUGGUGCAGGUUACCCCCCAGUAUUCGAGAUUCCCAUAAUCAUCUAACGCCCCUCCUCCAAUCCAAAUUUUGUUUCUUACAUUCCUUCGAUCCAAUUCAAUUCUAGUGCAGUAGUAGCCAUUCUUGAAAAUGGAUAACUACCAGAAACUUGAGAAGAUUGGCGAAGGCACUUAUGGUGUCGUCUAUAAAGCCCGAGACUUGGCCCAUGGCGGUCGUAUCGUCGCAUUGAAGAAGAUUCGUCUCGAAUCUGAGGAUGAGGGUGUUCCUAGUACCGCCAUCCGAGAGAUCUCUCUGCUCAAGGAGAUGCGUGAUCCCAACAUCGUCAGACUGUUUAACAUCGUCCAUGCCGAGGGCCACAAGCUCUACUUAGUCUUCGAGUUUCUCGACCUCGAUCUGAAGAAGUACAUGGAGGCGCUUCCCGUCAGCGAUGGUGGUCGCGGUAAAGCUCUACCUGAAGGGUCGGGGCCCGAACUGGGACGUCUUGGGCUGGGUAGUAACAUGGUUCGCCGAUUUAUGACCCAGCUUUGCGAAGGAAUACGAUACUGUCAUAGCCACCGAAUCCUGCACCGAGAUCUCAAGCCGCAGAACUUGCUGAUUAACCGCGAUGGAAACCUGAAGCUUGCCGAUUUUGGUUUGGCGCGUGCUUUUGGAGUGCCCCUUAGAACAUACACCCACGAGGUCGUUACGCUCUGGUACCGAGCUCCGGAGAUUCUGCUUGGUGGUCGACAGUACUCCACAGGUGUUGACAUGUGGUCCGUAGGCUGUAUCUUUGCAGAGAUGUGCACCAGGAAACCGUUGUUCCCCGGAGACUCGGAGAUCGACCAGAUUUUCAAGACCUUCCGCUUACUGGGUACUCCUACUGAGGAGGUAUGGCCUGGAGUUACUUCUUACCCUGACUUCAAAGCUUCGUUCCCUAAAUGGAUACGCGACCAUUCGACGGUCUUGUGCUCGAACCUCGAUGACAACGGUCUCGAUCUUCUAGAAGCUCUGCUCGUAUACGAUCCCGCCGGUCGAAUUUCUGCCAAGCAAGCCUGUCACCACCCCUACUUCUCUGAUGUACCUCGCCAAUCGACCCGGUAUGGAAGUAAUGGACACGCUUAAGUUAUAUUUCGUCUUGUUGAAUGAACUAGGCAUCUUACGACUCGUCCAAAGCAAAGUAUGCUUACUUAUACGGAGCAUUAGUAUUGCCUUUCAGGAUACGGCGACUCGGGCAUUAAACAACGUCGACAAUACUAUGUAACACUAUCAUCAGAUUGUUCUUUAUCAGGAAUACUCUGUGUCUCCUACGCCUUGAGCGGAUUUGUGGAGGAAGUAUCCUCUUCCUGGGUUUUCCCAUGCUUUCGCAACCUAUGCAGUCCAUGGACGAUGACUUUACAUGGCGUUAGGAGGAGGGACUCGGCAUUCGAGAGGAGUCAGGAAGGAAAGGGAACUAUGCAUAAAGAAUGGUUUCUUUUUCCCCUUGGGGGUUAUGGAUACGGCGGCAUGAUGAUCAUAGGUCUUCGGAUCUUCUCGCCGGACCGGAAAUGCCCCCUUUUUCGUUUUCUUUUGUCUGAACUCUGAUCUAGUUGCUCGGCUUCAGAGAUGCUGUAUUUACCAUUGCAUGCCUAGGUAGGAUGAAGCAAUUAAGAUUUGUUACAUUCUCCGCUUGAUGAGCUUGACGAUUCCGUUCUUAUGCAUAUCUUAUAAGGGUUUACCCAUAAUAUGUAGAAAUGUCCUGUAGGCACAUAUUCCUUAUACAUGCAUCAGCUGGCUUAGGCGCACAUAUAUGUGGG